CAAACUAGUAAAUAAAUCUUGAUGACUGCCGAUUAAAUUAAUUAAAAUGUAGUUUGAAUCAUCCUCGAGGUGAAUUUUCUAAUUCGAUUGGCCGUUCGGAUCGUCACGCUAGUAGAAACUGGCGAAACCACUUUUCGACGUCGGUCGCGCAUCUAGGCUCGUUUCAUGCUCCGUGAAAGCGAGACGUUUCGUCCGUCCGUCCGUCAUGGCGGAGAAUGUUUUCGUUCCGUGAUACGCCGACUCGUGAUCGCAUCGGCUCAUCGAUUCGACCGGUCGCCGACACGACGAGGACGACGAAGACGAAGACGACGACGUUGACGUUGACGUUGGUUCACGCUCGACCCGGUGGAACUCCAGCGAUCAUCCCACGAUCAUGGACACGCGCGGCAUCGAGGUCACGAAUCAGCUUCGGAGCGCCAUCCGCGCCAAGCUUAUGGAAUUGGGGGUUCGUUACGACGAGGAGCUACCCGAUUACAUACUGGUAAUGGUGGUGAACAAGAAAUCCCGUCAACAAAUGCACGACGACCUAAAUCUGUUCCUGGAGGACUGCACGACCGUGUUCGUCGACUGGCUGCACGAUCAGGUGCUGAAGAAAUUGCAGAAAGUCACCGUGGCCAAGAAGAAAUCGUCCCGCGAGUUCGUGCCUACUGUGGUGGUGAAACAGGAGGAGGAGAGAAAGAAGAAGAAGAUAAUCGCGACCUCCUUCCUGGAGGACCAGGCGGCGGAGCAGUCCACCACGGCCGUCGACAAGUUCGCGGACAAAAGUGCGAAGAGCGAGAAGCAGCAGUUGCCGGCGCAGAAGCAACAGACUUCGAUCAAAUCUUCUGCGCCUAAUCAAAACCCUGAUGAACGAAGUCACAGCAGGAGCGCGGAGAGAAACGUCAAGGGGGUGCAGAGCAAAAGUAAAACGGACGAAGCAUCGUCGACGCACAGCGGUGGAUCUUAUCAGGAUUCCGCCUCCUCGAGGAGGUCGCAGCAGAGUUCCGGACGCGACGAGACCGCGAAGGAUGUCGCCGCGCCGGAAAAUCCCGCUGCGAAGACCACGGACACGCAUCGCGAUCCGAAAGCGAGCGAGGCGCCGGAUAAGAGUCUGAAGAGAUCGCUGGAGCCGUCGGGUAAUCGUCACGACAGCGCGGAGAAACGGAGCAACGAGGCGAAGCGGCCGAAGCCGUCCGAGGAGGAGAAGGAAGACGAUGCUUCGUCGUCCUCCCCGGACACGGCCACGAGGCGGCUCAAGUCUUGCGUGAACAAACCGAGGAUCACGUCGGUCGUGUCGGUAAAGACCCGGCUCGGCAUAAACUCGCCGCGAAAGAAGUUCGAGAACUACCGGGAGAAGGAGGGCAACGGCCGCUACCGCCCGUCGGAGAAGCGGUUCGAGAAGUCGCAUCGGUACGACAACGGACGCGGCGGCGGCGGCGGGAAGGGCAGGAACUUUGAGCCGGACGAUCGGAGCUUCAGGCGGAGUCGCGACGGCGACUCGUCGUCGCGGCAUCACGAGGCCGCGAGCAGAGUCAACGACGUGAGGAGCCGAAUAGAGAGCAGCAAGAACGAGAGACUGCACAGAAACGCGGAGUCGAGAGAGCGGAUCCCGAAUUCGGGCUCCAAAACGGACGUGUCUGCGAAAAAGUCCGCGUGCACUAUCAAGGAUCGUCUGGGCACCGUGAGUGCCAACAGUAAAGCCCAAAGACAGUCCGGCAAGUCGCAGGAGGCGUCAGAUUAUAGGAAUAACCCGAAGAGCUUCGAGCAAGCGGGAAACAACAAUAAGAACAUCAAAGACAGACUCGGCCCGUUGAAAAAUAAUUUCAGGCCGGUGCACAAGCAGAGGCAGCUGAGGACGGCAACGGAGGACGACGAGUCUUUAGCUUCCCUGAAUCCCGGCGCCGAGGGAAACGAGGAAAGGGUGGAGAAAGAGGAGGAGGACGAAGCAGACAACGACGAGCAGUCGCUGACCGGACCCGUUAAGUCGCACAUAGUUGCCGUGAACAGAUCCGCGGCCUUCGCCGGCGCGAGGACCGAGAGGAAACGUACGAAGGCUUCGAACGAAGUGCCGUUCAGCGCGACUCAGAGUACCGGUUAUCCGGGGGGACACGGGGGCACAAAAUCGCAACUGGACAAGAUGAACAAAGGAACGUCCAGCGACGUGGAUGAGGAUACCGUGGAUGACACGAGGUUACCGAGUAAAGUGAUUGUCACACCGAGACCUUUGAAGCCGCUGCAACCGACGCAGAAGCGCGCCACGCAGUCGCUCUUGCUGCGAGCGGUCGCGGAGGCGAAUCAGUCGGUCGUCAAGCAGAAGAACCCGGAACCGUCUCUAUUCGACAAGAAGCCGGUCUUAAAGCGUCUUAAGCCUGCCCCGGCUCGUGAUGUAAGUCAAAACUUGUCGGUACAUUUUAAUUCUAGUAAGAGACUGGUCAUGGAAAAGAUUCAAGUCGAAUUAAAUACGAUAGAUCAUCUGGAUGUGGAAGACGUCGAGCACGAACCGUAUGUACCUCAACCGGUAACGGACGAGCAUAUGGGAGUGGUCAUGUCGUUGUUCCAAAGGAGCGACGACAAUCAGAAAUUCUUAGUCACUCUGAACGGUUACAACAACAAUCUCAUGAAAGAGAAAAUCAGCUCCGAGGAUGACGAGGAGCGGCUGGAGAUGGAGGUGAACGAGGACGACGAGCUUGCACUAUUGACGACGCACAGUGAGGCAACGACGGCGACGACGGCAACGUCGGCGAUAGCGCAGAACGACUUGGAGAUAAGUACAUUUAGAAUAACGGAAGAUAACGAAGCGGAAGAUAACGCGGAUGCCAGUCCGAAGGAGGCGAGCGGAGAGGAGAACAACGAGAACUGCAACACAGAGAACGUGGAUAAGAUUGACGAGAUGCCGCGUAAACGGAGAAAAUUGAGUCCUAUCGUGUACAACAGAUCUCACUCUCCGAGUCCCGCACGACUAAAAUCUAACGCGUCGCUACCGCCGACGUUGGCCGCCAAACCUCCGGAUAAAAAACCAUUGGUGGAGAACACGGUCCCGACCGUUUUAGACAAAUCCAGGGAGAAGUGUAGAUAUUGGCCAAAUUGUACGUUAGGGAACAAAUGCGCGUACCUUCACCCACCUGUUAUGUGCAGUGCUUUCCCGGCAUGUAAGUUCGGUGACAAGUGCGCCUACAAGCAUCCCAAGUGCAAGUUCGGUUUGUCCUGCACGAAGCUGGGCUGCGUGUUCUCGCAUCCGGCCCAGCAGUGUAAGUAUCAUCCGUUCUGCACGAAACCAGCGUGCCCGUAUUCUCACCCGGCCAGUACCGCUCCGGCGGCGGAAACGACGAGCCAGCGGGCGAAAUUCACUUGGCGGCGACGAGACUGAACGUAUGUACCGCGGAUGUACAAACCUGGAUAUGUUCUGAUCGGAUCGAGGUUCUGAUCCACGUAAAAUUACCUUGUACACGUCAACGAUAAGACUGUACAAGCUUAAAGUAGCGUAAGUUGACACAAAGUUACCGCAGCGGAGUUAACUUCGCGAUUGAAGAAUGCGUCUAAGAAGGAAAAAGAACAGAAGCUUCGUCAGUAGAAUCGUGAUUUUACUACAUCAGAUAGUAAUUUUAUUUUCUCUUAAAUCGAGAAUCCCAGCAAGAUGUAAAGGAACUUUUGCAGAACUUUAAACAGUGAAAAUUAAUCGUUUAAUCUCAAUUAAGCCAGAUUUAAAGUAAUCGUUAAAGCUUUAAUUUAAUUUAGGAUGUGUGUUAGAUCGCAGAUUUAUAUAUAUUUCCCCGUUGAUUGUCUAUCGCCUUAGAUUCUAAGACCGCGUGCACCGUCAGUCCGAACUGAUCAAUAUUUGCUGCCAUUCUUAGAUUAUAUAAUCUACUUACAAUAUGAAAGGGAAGGAUUUUAGUUUAGUAAACCAGGGCUAAUGAACUUGGCCUUGGGGUGAUCGUAAAACUCGUUCUCCUUUUUAGGAUCGACCUCGCUGAUGCAAUCUUGUCUCAAUUUAUGUACAUGAAUAUGUUCGAAAAUAUGUAUUGCCAAACGUGCGAUUCUACUAUCGUUAGUAUAUACAUAUUACUGGUGUGUAAUUAAGUCAGAAGAAUGAUAAUUAGAUCUGCUCUUUUUAGCCGCACUUUUUGUAAAAUCUGCAUUUUUAUUUCUUAAUCGUCUUUCCUUUCGCUUCCACUGAAGUCCGCCGAAGUGCGCGCUUCGUUUCAUGCAAAAGGGUAUAGUUAAGAGGAGCAGAUCUCUAUCGUACCGUUUCACGUCGAGAGCGAUAUAACGACCGUCUCAAACGAGAACGUUUGUGUUGGCGUUAUAGAUUAACUCAGUGCUCGUUUUAAGAUUACCGGCGAGGUCUCUUCGCUGAGAGUAUCUACUCGUAUAAGCGCGAAUUAAACAUCCUCGUCCAGUGACUUAUAAUCCGGUUUCGAGUGGGGUAAACGCGGUUGUUAUAAUCGCGUGCCGUACACUCGGCGCCGCCUCCGCGGUCGAGGCAAUCGUAAAAAGUCAGGUACUUCGUUGCUCGACCACCAUUUAUGUAAUUUAACACGAAUUGUAUAGGAUCUUAAGUAUAGGAAAGAUGGUUCCGCAUUAUUUUACCUAGUGCUAGUGAACGGUCGCGCAUGAGAUGUACAAUAUUAUUGAGACUUGUCAUUAUCAGAAACAAAUAUACGAUGAUUUCUGUAAAACGCA